GAUAUGAAAUAUUUUAGACGAAAUGAGGUAUAACAUACAAUCGUUAGAACAACUAACAUUUUGCACAUACGCGCAAAUUGUUAAGAUAUGAAACCCUUGGUAUUAUUUAAUAUCGUAAUAGCUACAAGAAAAAAAAAACCGUUAUUGAGUUCAGGGCGAAAGCGAUUCCACAGAAGCAAGACCGAAGAAUUUUCUAAACGAAGGUGCAUGUAAACAAAUUAUUAUAAAUUCGAUUUUAAAAGUUUUGAGUAUUUUCAUGCGUACUUAUAGUAAAGUGUUUUUACAGUUUUUAGACUUUAUAUCCGUAGUAUAUUCUGGAGCAGAUGAAAAUGAUUGAUGCUGCAUCAAAAUGUGAGGCUGAGCAUGACGCCGAGGAAAAAAUAGAAAAACUAGCUGUUAAUAAACUGGGGACAAAUACCAUAAGUAGCAAUUUAAGCUGCAGGUCAUUUCAGGAAAAUGAAGGUUCAUUGUCGAAUUUGGAAGUUCCAGACAUAUUCACAAUCCCUGUCGAUUGUGUAUCCAUUGCGGGCAAUUUGAAGAAUUCAGAGGACACUAAUGAGGAAAAUGCAUUUGCAGCUAUGCGGAGGUAUCAAACACAAAUUCCAAUGGACAAUGUGGAAAUAAAAUUACUUGACGCACCGUCACAUUUAAAGUCGGCUGAAAUAUGUAUUGAAUUUAAAAAAACAGAAGAAUCUUGGAUAUCUGCUGUUUAUCGAACGUAUGAAAAUGAUUUUUGGUGUAAAAUCAAGCGAGAAGAUUGUAAACAUAAAUGGCAUUACUUUUGCAAUUUUUGUAAGAGGCGCUAUUGCUCAUUCCCGUCUCUUAAAGGGCAUCUUAACGAGCACUUGGGAUUAUUUCCUUUCAAAUGCAAGACGUGCCUUAAGGUGUUUACCUUGCGCCACUCGCUAAUAACACAUCUGCGCUGCGUGCAUCGCUACGAGAGAAGAGAAUAUGAGCAUUAUGUAACAUAUUGACAUAAACUAGUGCGCUCUUACCAAACUUUUGUUAGUGAAAGUCGUGAGCCUUAACUUCUUUCUUUAACCAAUUUAAAUUUUCUUUCGUUUUUUUGCUACAUUUUUUGUACUGUGAAGACAUUUGCUUUUCGAUUCAAAAAGUUAAAAAAGUUACUGUUUUGUAUAUAGUAUAUGUUCUGUAUACUUCCAUACUGACGAAAUAAAAA